ACAGACACACACACAUACACACACACACUCCUCCUCCUUCUACUGCCGUCGACUCUCAGACAGUGAAUAUUAGCUGUAGUCUGACCAGCCGAUGGUUCAGAUGGUUCAUUUCCUCUCUGCUUUUUUAAACAUGUAUAUUUACAUGGAGGGAUAAGAGGACAGUAUCUGCUCCCCAGCUCUUCUGUUUUUUUUUUUUUUGUUUGUUUGUUUUGUUUUUUUUUUCUGGGAGGACUCCUUAACUCCCCAGCCUUCCUCGUCUUAUAUUUUUUGAUCAUCCUCGACUCUCUUUCUCUCUCUCUCUCUGUCAUUCUCUCAGCGCUUCAUUCUAAUUUUGGAAUCAUGGAACCUCGGGGAGCGCUCUCCCAAAGCUAUUUACGUCCUCGCCUCUCCUCCUCCUCCUCCUCCUCCUCCUCUUCUCCUUCUCCUUCUUCUCCUCUCCCUCUUGUCGGGCAGGAGGAGAACAGUGUGAGGAUCCUUUGAUGCAUGGGGGGAGUUCACCUUCUCCUGGUCUCUGUGUUGCUUUCAGCUGUAGUUUCUGUGGUUUCUCUGAACAAACAGGGAGCCGAUGCUUUCGUUCGCUCGGUGAACGGACACACGGCACCUUAAAGGCUUUAAAACCUGUGAGAUUUAAUUCAUUUCCACUGGAUUUGAGAGUGGCAACGGGAACUAACUUUUUCUUUCACUGUGACUGGUCAUUGUUCAAACAUAUGUCGGGACUCCAGCUGAUGAUUACAAACACCACCUGAGGGGGACUCCUUUGGUCAUUAACAGGACGGAUCUGCUUCCAUUGGUCAACCACACACACAGAGGUGGAUUCAUUUGUCAAGCAGAGGGACGUUUUUGCAGCUCAAGUGCAACAUUAGAAGAAUAUUUAGUCCUAAGUGUCAUUGACAGGUCCUUCAUCACAGACGGCUUCAGAUAAACCCAGAGGACCACACUGAGGAUUACACAACACACACAAACCCCUCCAGCAAGUUUUCUUUGCAGAUUUCUACAUGAAUUUCUUGCUCCUUUUUCUAUAGAUUUUUGCACAGAAAACCUUUACCAGUUUCGUCAGAUACUAGUCAGGCUGCCCCCCCUCCAAACCGAAGCCAUGCCAGUGCUUCCGAACACAAACUGACCCCCUGCUGUUUCUGUCCAACCUGAGCCGGUCCUGGUCUGGGUAUGCUGUUGCAUCCCACCGUGUCAGGAUUGUGCGCCAUGUUGCAGACCAUCUAUGAGACUGAGUCCUGCUUUUCCUCCACCGGCGCAGACAACCACCAGCCUCUGGAGCUGCUGAGCAGCAGCAGGGGCUCCGGCGCUGCCAUGCCCACAGCCGUGGAGGUGAAGAGCAGCCUCCCAUCAGGCAUGCAGAGCCUGGUGGGAACAGUGGGUGAGCAGAGGGGAGGAGCUACAGAAGCAGGUGGAGGUCAGGGGGAGAGUCCAGGUGGGGGUGUUGGCCCGGUGGACCUGCGGACCGAGCCCAGGGUGGGGGCCCUGUCUGGGGUGGACACGGCCCUGAGAGAACAGCAACUCCAGCAGGAACUGGUGUUACUCAAACAGCAGCAGGAACUCCAGAAACAGCUGCUGUUUGCAGAGUUCCAGAAGAAACAUGAGGUGCUAACGAGACAACAUGAAGUCCAGCUGCAGGAACACCUGAAGCAACAACAGGAGCUUCUGGCAGCGAAACGGCAGCAGGAGCUGGAACAGAAGAGGAAACUGGAACAACAAAGACAUGAAGAACAGGAGAAGCAGCGUCUGGAGCAACAGCUGCUGCUGCUGAGGAACAAGGAGAAAGGCAAAGAGAGUGCCAUCGCCAGUACGGAGGUGAAGCUGAAGCUGCAGGAGUUCCUUCUGAGCAAGAAAGACCCCAGUACUGGUGGACUGAACCAUUCCUUCUCCCCAAAGUGCUGGGGAGCCCAGCACACAUCCCUGGAGCAGAGUUCUCCUCCACAGAGUAACACCCCUGGGACCCCACCUUCAUAUAAACUGCCCCCUCUACUGGGCAACUAUGAGGGCAAAGACGACUUCCCACUGCGCAAGACGGUGUCGGAGCCCAACCUGAAGGUGCGUUCACGGUUGAAGCAGAAGGUGGCGGAGAGGCGGAGCUCACCUCUACUACGCAGGAAGGACGGAACGGUCAUCAGCACAUUUAAGAAAAGAGCCAUAGAGAUAUCAGUGUCGUCUCUCUGUAAUAGCGCCCCAGGUUCAGGUCCCAGCAGCCCCAACAGCUCCAACAGCGCCAUCGCCAACGGCAACACAGGAUCAGUACCCAACAUACAGACAGAGCUGAGGUCUCUGCACCAGACCCUGGGGGCUGAUGGGACAUUGAGUCCUCUGAGUCUGUACACGUCUCCUUCCCUGCCCAACAUUUCCCUGGGUCUGCCUACCAACACACACAUCACGCCCUCUCAGAAGCUGUCUACUCAGCAAGAGGCGGAGCGUCAAGCCAUCCAGUCGCUUCGAGGGGGCGGGGCUUUAACAGGGAAGUUCCUGUCCACGUCUUCCCUACCUGCAGGUGUUGGCCAUGACGUGGAGACUCCGCCCCCCAGUUCGCAUUCAGCCCAUUCCUCUUUGUUACAACACGUGCUACUGCUGGAGCAGGCCAGACAACAGACCGCUAUGCUAGCUGUUCCCAUGUACAACCAGUCGCCGCUGGUCACAGCAGAGAGGGGCGUGUCCAGUGGCAUACGGUCUGUCAACAAGCUGCCGCGCCAUCGGCCACUGGCCCGUACCCAGAGUGCACCUCUGCCCCAGUCUCCCCAGGCCCUACAGCAGCUCGUGGUCCAACAACAACACCAGCACUUCCUAGAGAAACACUACAAAAUGCUGUCAAAGGGGGCAGAGCUUCCUAGGCCACCACCAACCCAUCCAGAGGAAAUAGAGGAGGAGCUAACCGAGACCAAUGAUAUGCAGGAGGAUGACGGGGGGGUGGGACUCCACAGGCUUCAGAAGGAGGGAUCUGAUGACAGCACACAAUCCUCUGAACGCCUUGGCGUGCAUGUGAAGGGUGAGGAGGAGCGCGGGGGAGUGCACGUGAAAGGAGAAAGCACAGAGAGCGAGCUGGACGAAGAGGAAGAGGAGGAUGACAUCAUUCAGCUGAGAGAAGGCGAUGAAGAGGAGGGAGGGGGCUACACACAGGCCGUGCAGCAGCUGGGCGUGUUCCAGUCGGCGUUGCCCCACAGACCUCUAGGACGAGCCCAGUCAUCCCCCGCCACCGCCAACCCCAUCAAACACCUCUUCACCACUGGCCUCGUCUAUGACAGUCUGAUGUUGAAGCAUCAGUGUGUCUGCGGGAACGCCCACAUCCACCCAGAGCAUGCUGGGAGAGUACAGAGCAUCUGGUCCAGACUCCAGGAGACGGGCCUGCUGAGCCGCUGUGAGAGGAUUCGUGGGCGUAAAGCGUCUUUGGAUGAGAUCCAGACAGUCCAUUCAGAGUUCCACACUCUGUUAUAUGGAACCAGUCCACUCAACCGCCAUAAACUGGACCACAAGAAGCUCCUAGGUCCAAUCAGCCAGAAGAUGUACGCUGUACUCCCUUGUGGAGGAAUAGGGGUGGACAGUGACACCGUGUGGAACGAGAUGCACUCAUCAGCUGCGGUUCGGAUGGCGGUGGGUUCAGUCAUUGAGUUGGCCUUUAGAGUGGCAGCAGGGGAGCUGAAGAACGGCUUCGCCGUGGUGCGUCCACCGGGUCACCACGCUGAGGAAUCCACUGCCAUGGGGUUCUGCUUCUUCAACUCCGUAGCGAUCACAGCCAAACUACUACAGCAGAAACUAGGGGUGGGCAAGAUCCUCAUAGUGGACUGGGAUAUUCACCAUGGCAACGGCACGCAGCAGGCCUUCUACAGCGACCCCAACGUCCUCUACAUCUCCCUCCAUCGCUAUGACGAUGGAAACUUCUUUCCAGGCAGUGGAGCUCCUGAGGAGGUGGGCUCUGGUGCAGCUGUGGGCUUUAAUGUGAACAUUGCAUGGACUGGAGGAGUGGACCCACCCAUGGGGGAUGUGGAAUACCUCACUGCUUUCAGGAAUGUGGUGAUGCCUGUCGCCCAGCAGUUCAGCCCAGACGUGGUCCUGGUGUCUGCAGGCUUCGACGCCGUGGAGGGUCAUCAGUCUCCUCUUGGAGGAUACAACGUCUCCGCCAAAUGUUUCGGUCAGCUGACGCAGCUGCUCAUGGGUCUGGCGGGCGGACGCGUUGUCAUGGCGCUGGAGGGAGGUCAUGACCUCACAGCCAUCUGUGAUGCUUCAGAGGCCUGUGUCUCAGCUCUUCUGGGAGACCCAUGUGACUCUGUGUUCCAGUGGCCUCAGGAGACGCCAUGUCCAAAAGCCUGCACCUCAUUGGACAGAGUCAUAGAGAUCCAGAGUAAACACUGGCCUUGUCUCCAGAGUUUGUCUCACACCAGUUGCCAUUCGCUGUUGGACAGCCCCCUCGGGGCUCAGGGCCAAUCGGAGAAGGAUGAGGCGGAGACGGUGAGCGCCAUGGCGUCGCUCAGCGUUGAUGUGGAUCAACCAGGUUCUGUUAAUGACGGCACCGACACCAGCAGGUCCACGGACGAGCCAAUGGAAGAAGAGCCUGGGCUGUAAGCACAAGCACAUGAAAACUCCACCCACCUCCUUCUGGCACCUCCUCUUCCUCUUCCUUUUCCUCUUCCUCCGUCCAGUGUGUGUUGGUAGCACAUACAGAGUGGAGCGAUGAUGCCGUCAGAGGAUUUUUAUUGGCUGAGGAGAAUCUACGGAGGCGGGGCAAGACCAGGCCACGCCUGGGACAGUGUUAAGCAAAAAACACAGACCCACGGUUUAGACGAUGGAUGAACCUGAGGGGGAGCAGACGACUGGUCUGCACCUCCACCCAAACCACAGGAGGGUCUGAGGGGGACAGCCCACCCACCCACCCCUUUUCUGUGGGUAUGUUUGUCGACGGUAACAGCCCACCCCUCUGCACCACCC